AGGAAUGCAGCACGGACUAGUAACUAACAGAGACCCGUGUAUGGCAGUCUAACAUGGAGCGUGUUUUUCUAUUCUGGAGUGUAGGCCCUACAGUGAAAGUAUAUUCGGAUAUUACCAUAAAAUAUUUUCGUUGAUUAACGUCUGGAUACCUCUCAAACAAGGAUGAUGGAGCACUAUCUGUUCAACUGACAUCCAACAAUGGCAUCACCACCAGUGAUACCACCUCCACCACCUCCACCACCACCACCUCCUCUUGCCCUACCUCCCCCUCCUCCUCCACCGCCCCCUGGCCAAUUCCCUGGUGGAGGUCAAUUUACCCGAGGGCCGACGCGGGCCUCUAAAAUGCGUAAUUUUAAUUGGGAGGCCAUACCUAAGGACACAGUGCUGGGCAAACAUAACAUAUGGACAGCAGAGAAGAACAGGGAGUUCGAGUUGGACACAAAACGUAUGGAGGAGUUGUUCAGCCACAAUGACCAGAACAAGGUCCAGGCUGCACAUCGCCGGAGCAUACGACUCUCCCCGAGCAAUGCACCAGGACCUGAAGGGGUGUCCAUUCUCAAUUCCAAGAAGAACAUGAACAUUGGAAUUUUCCUCAAGCAGUUCAGAAGGUCUGUGAAUGGAAUGAUAGAUGACAUAAUCAAAGGCAGAGGUGAAGGAUUUGGGACUGGGAAACUAAAGGAGUUGUGCAAACUACUGCCAGAGGAUGGAGAGGUGCGACAGCUUCUUGCUUUUAAAGGAGACUACACAACUCUGUCUGAGGCAGAUCAGUUUAUGGCACAACUUGUCAAAGUUCCAUGCUACGAGGAACGGUUGAACAGUUUAGUCCUCAAAGAGGAGUUUCCUCAUUUCAUGGAUGAGGCAAAUAACUCUAUUGCAAUCAUGACUGCUGCUGGAAAAGAGCUGUUGGAAUGCGUCGAUCUACAUUCAGUCAUCCGGCUAGUGUUGAAGACAGGAAACUACAUGAACUCUGGAGGGUACGCUGGCAGUGCCGUGGGAUUUCGGAUGACUUCUCUUCUCAAACUUGCUGAUACCAAAGCCAACAAGCCUGGAAUGAAUCUCAUGCACUAUGUUGUGAUGCAAGCCCAGAAGAUAGACGCAUCUUUGUUGAACUUCACAGAGCAACUAAGGCACAUUGGAGAUGCAGCAAGGAUUCAUAUACAAGAAAUUGAGACAGAGUUCCAAAAGGAAGUGAGCAAAGUCCAGGUGUCAAAGCAGAAUGCUGACAAACAGCCUGAUCUUCAAGAACAGAUGAGGGAUUUUUUGCAGUAUGCAGAGACCAGGUUACAGGAGACUGAGGCUUCUUUUCAGACUCUUGCUGCUGUGAGUGAGUCUGUAGCAGAGUAUUUCUGUGAGGAUCCCUCUCAGUUCAAACUUGAGGAGUGUUGCUCCAUUUUUUACUCUUUCUGUCAGAAAUUCAAACGAGCAGUUCAGGAGAACCUUGAACGAGAAAUGGCAGAGGUAAAGCGCAGACAACGAGAACGUGUUCAGUGUGCUGCCAAGCGACGCUCCACCGCCACCUGCUCCGUACGAGACAAAGACAUGGAGGGAGUUGCGAUGGAGUCCGUCCUGCAGAGGUUUCUCCACAAUAGCUCAUCCCGCCGCAGGGCUGGAACUCCCUCACCCACACAGGGGAGUAUUUCUGAGAUCACCUCGCAGGAGAACCACCCUGCCAACAACCGAGAGGUCAAGAGGAAUAGCUGGCUCAAAAGUGUCUUGGCUACGGAGUACACUAAUAAGAAUGUUUGUGAGGAGGAGACGCCCAAGCCACCAGAGAUCACGAUCUUGAGCCCUGGGGCUAGUACCAUCUUGUCCAUCAAUCAGCGUGUCUCUGUAACCAUUGAGCAAGAUGAAGAAGAGGCCCAGACUGAGACAGAUGUGCAGAAUAUGAGAGAGCUAUCACGUAGGGUUUUACGUUACCAGUCCAGGGGCAGCGCUUCGUCUGGUGAGGCCCUGUCACCAGUUCAGUCACCCAGGCAGCUGGUCUUCCAGGAAGACAGGAAACAACUUCUGAUCGUGUCCAUACAAGAAAAUACUUGUAAAUUUGAAGAAACGACUUCUAAAAGCAUUAACACAUUGGAACUACUUCAGACCAACCAGAUUAUCAAUCGCCGGCACACAAUCGCACUUCCCAAAGCCAGUUGUGGAAAUAUCAGUGAGGAGGAUCUAUUCAUUCCUGGUAAUUUGAAUGGAACUCCAACUCCCCGUAUUGGUAGUAUUGGUAAAAUGAAAUCUGUGGAUUGCAGUAUGCUCAUCACACAACAAUGCUUGACAGAGACAAUUAAAGAUUCCUGUGCCAAGCCACUUAAUUCUCAAGAGGAAUCACAAUUAGCUGACUCAUCGCAAUUACAAUCAGCUGAGUCAGAGGCAAAGACUGAAGAGACAGUGCGUAGCUUGCAAUUUGGUAAUGGGAAAAAACUAAACAACCAAACCGUAUCACCCAAAAACACUAAAGAGACCUUCAGCUUUAUGUCUUUAUUUAAACGUUGGCGUGUCAAAUCAAACAGCAAAGAGCUUGAUUGCGAUAGUGUGGACCCAUGAUGAGAAGUCAUGGGUUCAUACAAACACAGCUCUCAAUUUAUUCAAAUUCUGGAUGUGGAAUGUUGCAUUUGUAGGAUUAAAGCAUGUAAUUUCUGCACCACCAGAUGAAAUUACAAAAAUAAACAUUGUUUUCUAACAGCUUCUCCAAAUAUGCCUUUGAUCAAAACAAGUAGAUAGUCCCGCCCCCCAACUCACAUCAUUGGUUGAGUCAAUAUUGUUGUAUCAGGCUGGACGGGUCGUUCAAAACUGAGCAAUUUUUAUAGCACCACAGAGACGCAUUGUUUACAGUUUUUGAGAAAAUGACCCUACUAUUAAGCUGGGAUAACAGAAAGUAUUUUAACACUGAAACAGUUUCACACUUUCUAAGAGAUAGUUCACCCAAAAAUGAAAAGUUUUUCAUCAUUUACUCACCAUCAUGCCAUCCCAGAUGUAUAUGACAUUCUUUUUUCUGCAGAACACAAACAAAGAUUUUUAGAAGAAUAUAUCAGCUCUGUUGGUCCUUUCAAUGCAAGUGGCCAGAAAUCUGAAGGUCCAAAAAGCAGAUAAAAGUAAUCCAUAAGACUCCAGUGGUUAAAUGCAUAUCUUCAAAAGUGAUAUGAUAUAGGUGUGGGUGAGAAACAGAUCAAUAUUUACCUUUUUACUAUAAGUCUCCACUUUCACUCUCAGAUAUGAAAGUGAAAGUGAAGAAUAUAGUAAAUAUUGCUGGCCAACAUUCACUUUCAUUGAAAGGACCAACAGUGCUGAGAUAUUCUGCUAAAAAUCUUCAUUUUUGUUCAGCAGAAGAAAGUCAUAAACAUCUGGGAUGGCAUGAGGGGUGAGUAAAUGAUGAGAGAAUUUUCAUUUUUGAGUGAACUAUCCCUUUAAGCUUGUACUUGAUCAAUGUUUGCUUGAAUAAAACAGUGAAUUGACAUUUAUUUCCAUGACUCUUUUAAACAAAAGAACAUACCAAAAAGCAGAGAUAAUGCACAUGCAAUUUCACAGCAUACCAAAAAUUUAAUUAAUUCAAAUAUACUUUUAAGAUGUGUAAAAUUAGAAAUUUGACCUGCAAUGCACCAAAUUCCACACAUGGGGGCAGUAUAUGAUACAGAUUUCCAUGGUGUUACAAUAGCUGUGUCCCAAAUUAUGCACUGUAUACACUAUCCACUUGCAAUAUUCACUAUGCACUCAACUAUGUAGUGUAUACAUUUUCAAAGUGUAGUACUGUCCCAAAUGGAACACUAACGUUUUUUUACUGCACGGAAGCACUCGCUGUUUUUCAGCUGACGGAGGUGAAUUUUCAAACGCACGUGAUAUGUUGACGCUAGCUUUAGCGUUUUAGUCAAACUCAGUUCAACAAUUAUAUCUAAAAAAAUUGGGGUGAUGGUAAAGCAUUCAAUUCACAUUUGUAAGGUGCUGCCUUCAAAGAAGUUUAGCUUGUUGCCACAUUCACCAUAAAUUAACUCUGCUACGUAGGGCAAGCUGCGUCUGUUGAGUGCAUGAAGUGUCCAACAUUCCACACUCUGUUUUUUCAGUUGAAGUAGCCUACAUCAUACGGGUACUCGUAGUAAUCUUUUUGUUGCAUUUUUAGUGAAAACAUACUACCUGCUCUACUUACACUACAACAUGGUGAGAAUAGUGCAGAAGUGUACGAUUUGGAAUGCAGCUAUUUUCUUGAUUUGUUGACAUUAACUACACACAUUAGCACAGUGUAAUGACAUGAGUAGUUAUUUUCUCAGUCAUGCAGAAUGUUUUGAAUUAAGAUUAUAUUGACCAGACAUAAUACCAAUAAAUUAGUGAACAUAUUGAGCUCAACUGGUUGCAAUAAAUGUAAUCUUGUCUGAUAACUUAAGGUGUUUUUUUAUUUUUAUUUUUAGUUAUUUAUUUAUUUUUUAUUCUGUUGACCUGACUUGUUUACCAAUUAUUCCAAAGCGUGCAUAAAUGCCAACUAGCAUAGUACACCCAUCUUGGAAUGGCCUGGCUCGUACCACAUCAUGUUACUGAAAAUGGUCAAUAAAUUGUAAGUCUAUUGUGUUUCCUAUGAUAGAGCAAACUGAGCAUUUAAAUACUCUGUUGCAUGAUUAAAAUGGGGAAUAGAGAAAGUUUCAUGUAGUUUGCGGUUUGAAAGGCUCCAGAAGUAAAAGAAGAACUUUGUUUUGAACCAUUCCAUAACACAAGCUGGUAAACCUUUGCACUUGCUGUUUGAAAUAGGAUUGUAACAGUGUUAGAAUGCAAUUAAGAACAUUUAAAGCCAAUCCAAACAGCAGCUCAGUGGGUUACAUGUGGAUGCUCAUAAAAUUGGUUGUGUUAAGUGCAUUUGAAUUUGCCGUUACUCUUCCUAACAUUGCUAAAGCAUUUUUUAAACAAAAAAUAUUUAUAUCUUUUUAUGUGUUAUAUCGUUAGGUUAGGCCAACAAGAUUUUUGGUUCUACUGGAUGUGGAUAAACAUGGUCAAAACAUUGUAAAAGGCUGCAGUAAUCUGGCUCAAUCAUGUUUUUUAGCCUAAAAGACAUCUGCUUAGCUUCUUGACUAAUGGGAACAAUGAAAAGCUUAUCCUUGAUAAAGACAUUGAGAGCUUAGUUAGGGAGAAUAGAUAACAUCAGAGGAUCCCAACAGGCCUGCCUUAGGUGGUUUACAGAGUCUAAAGUGCCUGCUAAACUACAUCAAUAACAGCCUGGGACUCUGCGGGGGGUGGCGUUUAGGGGGAUGGGAGUGUUUGGGUGAAUGUGAUUGAAUUAUCAGUCUCAUAGAACUAAGAAUAACAGGUCAAGCACUGUGUGUUUGAUUGAAUGUCACAACAUGCUAUAAGUUUACACUCCAAUUGAUCCUGAAAAUAGCUUACUGGGAGCAUAAAGGGAUAGAUUGCCCAAAAUAAAAAAGAAUUCUGUGGAACACAAAGGGAGAUAUUAGGCAGAAUAACAGCCUCAGUCACUAUUUACUUUCAUUGUACGGAAACAAAGAUGCAAUAAAAGUGAAUGGUGACUGAGACUGUCAUUCUGCCUAUCAUCUCCAUUUUAGUUCUAUGGAAGAAUGAAAGUCAUUUACACAACACGAGGAUGAGUAAAUAAUGGCAGAAUUGUAUCUCUGUGUUACCUAAAAGGACAAUAUCUGUCUUUUCAUUCAGUUACAAAACAUGCUUAAAUGCAUUAUUGUAUCUCUGUGUUACAGUUAAAUACUCCCAUGGUAACAUUGACACCAUCUAUUUUAGCGACUUGACCAAUUGUUUAGAGAUGUAUUUAAUUUAUUUGGAUGAAUGGUAAAGCUGUUUGUACAUUUAAUCACAGAAAUAUGAUAUAUUUGUAUGUCUCUAUUUCAGUAUAAAACCACAAGACACAGACACUCACAGACUUUUUCAGCUUAAAUUUCUAUGCACUUUUUGUAUUUGUGUCUGCAUUCCACUAAAAUAAAUUGUAUUUUUAAUAUAUAUCGCAGUA